CCCCGUCCGGCCAGGAUUGUGGGCCCAUAUUAGCCCAUCGCGAGAGGCUCCCUCGUCGGACUCGGUUGACGCGCUGCUCGCUUUGCUCGCCGCCGCCGGCAUGCCGCCCUCUUGCCUGUGCGGCCGGCUUUCAUCCCUUCUCCAGAAAUCCUCGCCACUGCAGUGCAACGCCAUACGCGGCAAGGGCGCGGCCCACACGGGGUUGGGUGCCGCCCGCUCGCCGUCCGUAGCCGGCCGGCGGGACAGAGCCAACGGGAACGAGGAACCGCGGCCUCGUUGAGCGCAAGGGACCGCUACGAAGGCUCCAUGGCCGCAGCCUCGUUGAGCGAGAGGCAAGAAAGCCGGGAGCGAAUUCCGGCGGUUUCUCUGCGCUGCACAGGUGGAAAGGUGGACGCGCGGAAGGUGUUUGAGGAAAUGCCGUUUCCAGCGAGAGCCUCGCCGAACGCAGCAGGUGGGUUGACUCGCCAUCCUGUCAGCAUGGGAACCAUUGCCCUUGCUGUAUGCCACGAGUGAGCUGCAAUUGGCGUUAAAUUGGAUUGGCCGUCAGUUGGUGUCAGUAUCGGUGGGAUGGCUCUGCAGUGCCAGUGUUUGUGGAAAUUCUGCAAGACUAAGCCAAUUCGGUCCUUCAGAUGCUGCUGGCACAAUAUAGUGAGCUCGAAGAGUUUGUGGCAACGCCACAACCUGCCAGAGUACCAGAUGUUUCAUGGAGAAGAGAGGCCAGUAUGCUGUGGUUCAGUUUCUGUGUUCAAUGGAAUUGAUACCAUUCGUCGAAGUCAACAGCUCAAAUGUGGCCAUUCAAGUCGUAUCAUUGGAAAGUUCAUUGCAUGGAGAUGCGACGCCUGGCUUGGGGGUGACUGGGUCACUAGUCACUGACCAUAUUUUCUCAAUUGGUCACUUUCGGUUCUCUGUCAAAGCCAGUGUCGUUUGAAGAAGUUAGCUCCCAGGUACUUUGGCUUCAUUUGAGGAAGCUCGGUCUUCUUCCUCUUCUGGCGUCUCUAAGGUAGGCCUGCCAGAAAACCAACCGCGCAAAGAGUAUGGCACUGUGGAACGCAGUGGGUCAGGUGGGCAGCAUCGCGCAGCUCGCUGGGGUCGACGCGUAUGGGCUGAUCUCGAUGAUUGUGGAGGCGGCGCGGACGGUUAAGAGGAACCGGGAGAUCUGCCAGCUGCUGGCACGCCGUGCAAAGAUGAUCGGGGACCUUCUGGAGCAGCUCGAACGGACACAGCUGAUGCAGCACAUGGAGACUAGGAACCCAGUGGAACUACUAGAGGAGACGCUUCGGCACGCGUAUGUUCUUAUCGCGUCCUGUCGUGAUGAUAGCUAUCUGUAUAGCUGCUGUAUGGGAGUGAAGCGGGCUGAUCAGCUCCGUGAGGUGCAGAAUGAGAUUACCUUCUACCUCCAGCUUUUCCCCCUUGUCAGCUUUGUCGAUAACACCCGAACUUGGGAGCGGCUUCUGAGCAGGGCUUGUCCUUUGUGCUCAAGGGAAACUACAGAUGAUUUACAUGCAGUACAUCAUGCGGAACAUGAAGAUAGGCUCAGAACAGAGGGUCUCAUGGCUAAUGGAUUUGAAAAUUUGGGAACUCAUCCUCCCUCAAAACCCGAGGAAGAGAAAACAGAAGGCCAAGUCAUGAACAUGAGACGAUUGGCAAAUCUCAUGGGCGGUGCGAAAGGAGCAGAAUUAUUGCAUUUUAGCUUCUCUCAGAUUUUGGCUGCAACAGACAACUUAUCAGAUGGAAAUUUGAUGGGAAAUGGUGGAUUUGGCUGUGUUUACAAGGGAAAACUCUCUAAUGGUGUUCGUAUCGCAGUCAAAAGACGUGAUGCAUCUUCAUUUCAAGGGCCACAUGAGUUCAGAACUGAGAUUGAAUCUAUUCCAAAUCUUCGACAUAAAAACAUAAUUGCUCUACUUGGGUGUUGUGUUCAAGCAGAAGAAAGCAUACUUAUAUAUGAAUACAUGCCAAAUAAAUGCUUGGCGUCUGUCAUUGCUGAUGAAACAAAAAGGGGAUUGCUAAAUUGGUCUAAGCGUCUUCAAAUAAUCAAAGGGAUAGCAGAUGGUCUUUUUUAUCUGCACGGGCAUUCUCAGAUGCAUAUUGUCCACAGGGACGUAAAAGCAAGCAACAUCCUGUUGGACCAUGAAAUGAAUGCUAAGAUUACUGAUUUUGGUCUGGCACUAAUGUUGGCUCCAAAUACGACUGCAGAGGUGGCUGUUAUGGGCACAUAUGGUUAUGUAGAUCCUGAAUAUGUUGCUACUGGAAUUAUCUCAGAGAAGGCUGAUGUAUAUGGUUUUGGUAUAGUACUUCUUGAGAUAAUAAGUGGAAAGCUUAUUCAGUCCUAUAACUUGAAGGUGAAGGGCCAUCGAGGGCUACCGCUUCCUGAUUAUGCACACAAGUACCAAACGAAACUACACAAGCUUGUUGAUCCAUUGUUGCGUGCGAAAAAGCAUGAAAGCUCUCAGAUAAUGGAAUGUCUGAAGGUGGCGCUGUUAUGCAUUAACCAUCUUGCCAAGCAUCGGCCUACCAUGGCAGAAGUUGUUACCAUGCUUGGCAGUAUCGGCGUAUCACCCUGGCAAUAGAUCAUCAGCCUGUUGAGACUGCAUCCGGUUGUACUUUUGGAAGAACCACAACUACUGCAACUAAUGUUUUUUUCCAUAGACCUGUAUGGAGAGAACAAGUAUGUAAUCAUGAUCGGGUAAACACUACAGAGAGAUAAUUGCAGUCAGAUAUUUGUCAAGUUGGUCAGAUCUCACACCAGAUCUCACACACAGUGCCGAGUUGAGUGACUCAGUCCAACUUAGAGAUCUGGUCAGAGGUCUCUUUCAUGUGGUCCUUUUCCUGCAAAGUUUGUUAAUGUAGUACUUGGGGACAUCUGCAUGACUGCAUUUGCAAUUCUUCUGCACAAAUUGUGCCGGGAGGAUGAUUGCAGGCUUCUCGGAAGUCCGAAGUCGCCCCUUUUCGCGCUGGCUGAGUUAUGCUUUGUUGAAAUGUCACUGCAACCUGCCCUUUUGUCUUGUAUAGCUGAAAAUGUCUGUCAUAUGCAUGUGUGGUUAAUAUAGCCUAGAUCUAGAUGACAGUGAGACCAUGAGCAUGAAGAAACGGUCACAUGGACCGGCCACCCGUCCCGCUGGACAAAUCAGGUUCAGGUAGGUUGGCAUUGCUGUUCAGGAAGACUGAAGACUGAUGAGAAACCAACCAGCAGUUCAUGGGUCCAACUUGGAAUCUGUCAAAGCUUGAAAGUUCAGUCUCAAAUUUGAAUCAUGCAUAUUUUAUACAAAUAAACUUGAGGUGAAGCUUCCUGGAAACCCGGCCAUCUCCACGCUUGGCGGCAUCUGUAUGUUUUGGUAAAAAAUGUCAGCAUCACAAUUCCCAAAAAAAAAGAACAUUUU